GACCACGAGAAAUGCGCCUGGUCCAAGACAAUGCGCGAUGAAUUUUUGAAUGUCGUUGAGUGUAAUGCUCGAUUUGUGGACCUUAUUCACUCGGAUGCACUUCAAUAUUUAGGCGCUGGUAUAAUAGAGAACUGUGGGCACCUGGACUUUUGGCCAAAUAACGGCCAUAAUCAUCCGGGCUGUUCAUUGAGCUGGGUGACGGGGUUUUUUAGCACAAUGAAUGGUUUUGGGGCUGGUCUAACAUGCAAUCACAUUCGGGCAGUUGAUUUUUACGUGGCCAGCAUUAAUCCCAAUAACCCUAUUGGCGUUGCCCAUCAGUGUCAAGAUUAUGACUCAUACCUGGCCGGUGAUUGCGAUGCUAACUGCGCUGAUAGUGUGGCCAACUGUGCUAUUAUCGGCCAACAGGCCGUAUUGUCCGAACCUUAUAAGAAAAACACUGUUGGCACUGUUGCCGGGCAAUCGCAACCACCACUAACUGCCCAACAAUUUACCACCAAGUUCAAUUUGUACACCAGAAACAACCCUGGUGAAGCCGAGGUGAUAGAAGAACCGUCGGGCGAAGGUAGCGUGGACAAUUUUGACAGCACCCGGGUCACCAAGAUCUUGGUACACGGCUAUGGUGUGGCACCCGAUAAGGGCCAGUCGUGGCAGACCAUGAAAGACGAGUAUUUAAAUGCCGGCGACUAUAAUGUGUUUAUUGUCGACUGGAGUGAAGGCAAUAUUAUUCCCUCAUAUGUUCAGAGUGAGUCGGGAUUAAUAUUGAGCAAGGUGCAUAUUGUGGGCCAUUCAUUGGGCGCACACGUGUCCGGUUUAACUGGCAAAAAAUUUGGCGGACGAUUGGGACGUAUUUCCGGCUUGGACCCAGCUGGUCCGACUUUUGAUGGCAAACCCGCAACUGAGAAACUCAGCGCAACUGACGCUCAAUUCGUGGACGCUAUACACACGAACGCUAUCCCAACCAUUGGGCUGGGAAUACACGAAAACUCCGGCCAGAUUGACUUCUACCCCGAUGGUGGCAACACAAACCAACCAGGUUGCGUUGUCGACGAGCCACCCAAGGCGGGCGAUAAAGAUCAAUUCCAGAAGGAGUCAUGCAAUCACUUUCGGGCCAUUGACUUAUUCGUGGCCAGUAUUAACCCGGAAAACCCGAAGGGUGUGUCCAGCGAGUGCUCCGACUAUAAAAGAUACGUGGCCACUAAAGGCCAAUGCAAUCGUAACAUGCUUGAUUAUUUCAACCUAUUUUCAAACGAUAUACAUCCCAUAAUUGGCGAGCCAGCUGUAUUGUCUAAAUCGUAUAAGAGUAGCACUCUUGGUAAGAAAUUCUACCUGACCACUCGCGCCGAGUAUCCGUAUUUCCUUGGUUAAUUUUAAAAUUAUAUGUUAUUAUGGUGAAUUAAGUGU